AUGGCGAAAGGAAUGUCCCUGGACGUAGAAGACUUUCGGGUCGUGAAACCGACCCACGGUUUUGCUUCUGCUGAAACGGUUAGGGGAAGCGAAUAUGAUCGGGAAAAAGUCGUAGCAGAUAACAUCGGUGCGGGCGACAUCGUCCUUCUGUCACAGAAGACACCAGAUGUUGGCGAGAGUAGCAAGACGCGUGAGCCAUCCAUCAAGUCAUCUGGACCUGUAGAUGAACUGUUGGAUCUUCAUGUGAAAAUAAACUCCGGUAACUCCGUCCAUGGAUUGUCCGCCAGUGUGUUUCCAGACAGCUCGCCUUCUGACGAAGAAGCAGCAAGCGAUAGUGUAACUCAUUUGACUAAGGACAUGUUCCCCAUGUUUGAAGGUGCGGCGACUGAGCGCAAACCGGUGGGGGCGAACCUGGAUAGCCUGAGCGAUGACAAGACGAAGGGCAAAGGUCCCGCGCUAUCUGAAGGUGCAGGACCUAGUGUUCCGUUGGAAGGGAUCCCCGUGUCUAUUGGAUCUGCUGGUGAACUGUUUGAUGGCCUAUUCAUCAACAUUCCGGAUAGUACGUUCAGUAGGGAUGCAGCUCCGGUGGUAGACGAUCCUGAAACCGAGGGUGUGGACAGGACCGCUAAUGUAGUACCCGACGUCUCGUACGAGGGUGACGAGCUAUUUGUUGGCCGAGUUUUAAAAAACAAGGAGGACUGCAAGGUCAAGAUAGCGGUCCAUGCAAUUAACAGGAAGUUCAGCUACCGGAAUGAGAGUUCUAACGGGGAUGUCGUUGUCGUCCGUUGCUUGUCCGACACAUGUCCAUGGAGGGUGUAUGUUGGACGCAUGGAGGAGAGUAACUACUUCCAAAUCAGGACGGCGGUUCUGGCCCAUACCUGUAGUGUUGAGAUACGUGGUCAAUUCCACUGUCAGGCAACGGCUUCCGUGAUAUCAGAGAUAAUGCGUAGUCGUUAUGUGGGUGUAGCGCGAGGACCAAAUCUUGCUGCAGUCCAGCGAGCCAUGCUCGAUCAUCACAGAGUCCGCGUUUCGUACUGGAAAGCUUGGCGUGCACGUGAGCUAGCCAUGGACAGUGCAAAAGGGUCGGCUGCGGCAAGCUACGGGCUCCUGCCAGCAUACUUGCACCUACUAAACGUCUCUAACCCAGGAACAAUCACAGCAAUCGAGACAGAGGUUGACGAGGCAAAGCAAACGCGAUUCAAAUACUGCUUCGUUGCGUUUGGUGGGAGUGUUCGCGGCUUGGAGUUUAUAAGAAAAGUGAUGGUGAUUGACGGAACCCACCUCCGAGACAGCGAGAAUGAUAAGGCGUGGGAGUGGUUCUUUGGGAAGCUGAGACAGAUAGUAUCAGACGAGGACUCUCUGACGUUCGUAUCCGACAUGCAUUCCUCAAUCUAUGCGGGAUUGUACAAGAUGUAUCCAAGGUUAAGCCACGGUGCGUGCAUUGUCCAUCUGCAGAGGAAUGUGGCGGCUAAGUUUAAGCUGAGGGUGCUGGAACCAAUGAUUUCGAAAGCAGCUAGGGCGUACAGGAAAUCAGCUUUCCAUGACGCCUUCACGGAGAUUGAGCUCCUCUCCCCUGCCUGCGCAGAGUACUUGAGAUCCAUUGGGUUUCAUCGCUGGAUUCGUUCUCACUGCGACGGUGACCGCUACAAUAUCAUGACUAGCAACGUGGUAGAGUCACACAACGCGGUCCUAAAAGAAGCCCGCGAGUUACCGAUCGUCUCAACACUCGAGUACAUACGAAGCACUUUGAUGGUUUGGUUUACUAAGCGCAGGGAUAGGGCAUCGAAUCAUUUGUCCGCGGUGACACCAACGGUGUCCGCUAUGAUCCAUACAAACUUCGAGAAGUCAACGGGGUUUACUGUUGUGAAGGUUAACGAUCACAACUACGAAAUUAAGACACCGAUGGGGACAUCGUUCCAUGUUGAUCUGCAGAUGAAGACAUGCACAUGUGAGGAGUGGACUUUGGUGAAGGUUCCUUGCUCACAUGCGGUGGGAGCUUCCAUCCGUGCAGAUCUACCCGUGCACACCCUUUGCGACCCAGCGUAUAGCACGUUUUACUGGAAGUUGGCUUGCCAGCACAGCAUCAACCCAGUCCCGGAUCUCAGCAACCUGUAUCGCGUGCCUGACAAUAUCGCAACCCUGCAAAUACUACCUCCUAAGACACGGAGGCCACCAGGUAGGCCUAAGAUAUCUAGAUACCUGUCUUCUGGAGAGUUUAAGUCUGUCAAGGUUGACAACCUUGACUGGCUGAAGAACUCAGGGGAUUUUCCCUCAUGGAUGGCCACCCCGUUGUUAAUGUAA